AACAACGCCCCACGCCACGCAGUUGCGUACGAGAGCUUCAGUUCACGUAACUCGCAGCAGCGAUGGAGUCCACCAAGCUCUCCGCGCUGCUGGUACUCGCCAUGCUCGCGCUCUCUUCCUCUCCUCUCGCCCACGCGUGGGAAAAAGCAGAACCCGAGUGCAACUCGUGCCAGACCGGCACCCCCUCUUCGGGCACGCCCACGGGCGUCACCCUGCCCCCGGUCACCUUGCCGCCUGUCGCCGUGCCUAAGCUGCCGUCGGUACCCCUUCCGUCCCUCCCGCCUGUCCUUGGCAGUCCUGUCACCGUGCCACCGGUCCUCGGAGGAGGCAGCCCUGUCACCGUGCCACCGGUCCUCGGUAUACCGUCGGUCACCCUUCCGCCUGUCAGCCUGCCACCGGUCCUCGGGGGAGGCAGCCCGAAGGUACGCCACGGCGGCCGGAAGGCGUGCCCGCCGCCACCGUCUUCCCCGACGCCCACGCCGCCGUACUCCCCACCCUCGGACACGUGCCCCAUCGACGCGCUGAAGCUCGGCGUGUGCGUGGACCUCCUCGGGAACGAGGUGCACAUCGGCGACGCCAACGUGCAGUGCUGCCCGCUCGUGAAGGGCAUCGCCGGCUUGUCCGCGGCCGCGUGCCUGUGCACCGCCAUCAAGGCCAAGGUGCUCGACCUCUCCGUGUACGUACCCAUCGCGCUCGAGGUGCUCGUCAACUGCGGCUGCGCCGUCCCGCCGGGCUACACCUGCGCUUAAUCGACUCCAUGCAUUGCCUCCUUUUCCCUCUCGAAUACAAACUUUGAAAGGGCUCUUCGAUGGAUUUGAGUGAUGAAGCCACUCGCUUCCGGGUUGUUCAAUUAGCACAUUACUUAUUCGAUUUGCUAUUCUUGUUGCAUGUCUGUAUAUGCAUGCAGUGUCACCUCAACUGUCAUUGUACGUUGUGUAUCUUGUAUCAAACUAUUUUUCCAAAUGAAUUUCUUGUUUGCAA